UUGACGGGAGGUCGUCAACAUCUGAUCGGAGAGGAGGAAAAGUGUCAUUUGCUCGUGUGUUUGUUGUUUGCCGAGCGUUUUAGCGAGCAAGAGUAGUUCAUGUGUUUUUAGCUCAAGGUGUAUUAGUUAACGACAACCGCCCCUUACUCGCUUUUUAACUUGAAUAAACAGCUAUGGGCGAUAAAGUUAUGGAAAGCGGCUAACGUUAGCUAACUGAAUGUAUUUCAGUCGGUUACAAUUGUCAGAAGUUGGCUAGUUUCAGGCUAGCUACUACGUAGUUAGCUACCGCUAGUGUAGUGUCAGGGAGCCUGCGGUGGGUUGUUGCCAGCGAUAAAAUCAUCUCGGCUGUCUAGCGUCUUUGAGAGUGCAGAGGUUUCCCAAUUUUUUUGUUUUGGACGGGACAAGAUCUUUUGAGAUAUCUUACCAUGGAUUUGUUUGACAGUAACAGUUCAGAGCGUGCCAGCCUGCCGAGGAACAUGAUUGAGAACAGCAUGUUUGAAGAAGAGCCCGAUGUUGUGGAUUUAGCCAAAGACUCCACAGCCUUUCCGACGUUUCCUGCUCUUGAUCCAGAUGAAGUGACAUAUGAACCCCGUAGUUCACGGUUACUUGUGCGAGGCCUGGGGGAAAACGACAUGGAUGACGAUGAGGAGGACUGCGAGUCUUCAGCACGUUUGUUGGGCAUGUCUUUUAUGAACCGAAGCUCUGCUCACAGAUCCAACUCUUCUCCUUACACCAGACAGGCACCACCAAGGUCAUGUUCACGACCCUCAUCACGUACUAUAGUUGUAUGUGUGUUAUUCCUCGUGAUAGUGGCCUCAGUGACCAUGGUAUUCUACUUCCUACCUGGCUGCACCUUUACUAAAGCAGGUUGUCCUAAACCAAACAAGACCAAUCCCAUUGAGCCAGUCUACCCCAUCUCCACAAAUGGUGAAUUGUUUCCAUGGGCACAGCUCCGACUCCCUCAAAGCAUAAAACCUCUCAGCUAUGACCUCACCCUGAACCCCGACCUCGACAAAAUGACCUUCACGGGCAGAACUGUUAUCAGCAUGUCUAUACUUCACAGCACAAACCGCAUUGUAUUCCAUGGUGCUAAUUUCAACAUUACCAAAGCAACCUUCAAAUUGGGUGAUGGGCAGGCCAGUGAUGUGACUGUACUGGAAUACAAACCCAGACAGCAGUUAGCUGUUAAUUUCUCAGAGGAGCUGAAAGCAGGCCAGUACUGUGUUUUGACAAUGGAAUAUUCUGCCAACUUCUCAAACGCAUAUGACGGUUUCUACAAGAGCUUCUACACUGAUAAGGAUGGAAACAAAAGGGUCCUAGCAGCAACACAGUUUGAGCCACUGUCGGCCAGGAAAGCCUUCCCUUGUUUUGAUGAACCAGCUUUCAAAGCGACAUUCCUGAUUAAAAUCAGCAGAAAAAAAACCUACAUGACUCUUUCAAACAUGCCCAAGGCAAAAUCCACAAAUGUCUCCAAUGGCCUUGUGCAGGAUGAGUUUGAAAAGACCAGUGUUAACAUGAGCACUUACCUGGUGGCCUUCAUCGUUGCUGACUUCACCCCUAACACCAAAAAUGUUUCAGAAACCCAGGUGUCAGUCUACUCUGUACCAGAGAAAAAUGGGCACACUGAGUAUGCUCUGACCAUAACCUCUAAACUGCUGGAGUUUUACAAUAACUUCUUUGACAUUAAUUACCCUCUCAAAAAACUAGACUUGGUAGCUAUUCCUGACUUCCUGGCAGGAGCCAUGGAGAACUGGGGGCUAAUCACUUUUCGGGAAACCACUUUGUUAGUGGGCAAAGAGUCUUCUCUCCUGGAAAAACAAGUGGUGGCUUCUGUCAUAGCACAUGAGCUUGCUCAUCAGUGGUUUGGAAACCUGGUGACUAUGAGAUGGUGGAAUGACCUGUGGCUCAACGAAGGCUUUGCCACUUACAUGGAGUACAUGUCACUGCAGGAAGUGUCGCCCGACCUGGAAACUGGUAAUUUAUUCCUCUCAGUGCGGUUCAGAGCCCUAGACAAAGAUGCACUAAACUCCUCGCACGCUGUGUCGACAGACGUUAAUACAACAGAACAAGUAGAGGAGAUGUUUGACUCUGUCUCUUAUGAAAAGGGUGCAUCCAUUCUUCUAAUGCUGAAUGCUUCCUUCUCCGGAGAUCAACAGUUCAGAAAGGGUAUCAUUGAAUAUCUCAAACAGUUCAGUGGAUUAAAUACAGACACUGAUGACCUCUGGAACAGCCUCACACAGACCGAUAAGUCCACGCACCACAUGAAUGUAUCGCAGAUGAUGACAUCGUGGACAUCACAGAAAGGCUUCCCACUGGUCACUGUGAACCUCAUGGGAAACCAGGUGACACUCGCACAGGAGCACUUCUUGCUCACAUCUGACAAUACCACGCAUACGUCAAGCUUGUGGCAUAUUCCAGUGACGUACGUGAACGACAGCUGUAGUUUGGCCCCUGAGUGCAGACAGGUUUUCACUCUGAAAAAUAAAUCAGACACAUUUAAGCUGUCAAAAAAUGUAACUUGGCUGAAGUUGAACUACAAAAAUACAGGCUUCUACAUAGUGGACUACGGAAAGGAUGGCUGGUCUGCUCUUGCUCAAGCUUUGAGCUCAAAUGUUGGCGUUCUUACACACGAGGACCGUGCUUCACUUAUACAUAACAUCUUUGCUCUCUCCAGAUUGGGACGUGUGUCCUUCCUGCAGGUCAUAAAUCUACUGAAAUAUGUCUCAGCGGACACUGAGACUUCUCCUGUGACAGAGGCCCUUUUACAGCUCAAUAAUAUCUACCGACAGCUUGAAAAAAGACAGGAGUCUAAUCUUGCAUCCCGCAUGAAGAAUUUUAUUAUGAGCAAAUUUUGUAAUCUGAUGGCCAAACAAACAUGGGAAGAAGAAGAGAAUGUGUCCAAACAGGAGCUGCGCUCUGCUCUGCUGGAGAUGGCCUGUAAUCUGAAUGAUGAAAACUGCACCCAGCAGGCCACGUCCCUGUUCAAAAAGUACAUGGAGUCAAAUGGUACCCUCAGGAUUCCCGGUGAUCUGCAGCAGACUGUAUUUACAGUGGCUGGCCAGUCUGAUGAAACCUGGGACGCUCUUUUCAACAUAUAUGUGCAUGCCACGUACGAUUCAGAGAAGCGGAAAAUGCUAAAGGGACUAGCAUCCACUCAGAACCCACAACGUUUAGUACAGAUUCUGUCAUUUGGCCUGAGCGGAAGUCACAUUCAGACUCAGGAGUUGCCUUUGGUUAUCAGCACUAUGUGUCAGAGCUUUGCUGGUUGUUUGUUUGCCUGGGACUUCAUACAAGAGAACUGGGACCGCCUCAUAGAGAAGUUCCCUAUUGGCUCCUUUGCCAUCCAGACAAUCAUCAAAUCUGUUACCUCCCAGUCCUCCACACAGGCACAACUUAAUAAAGUGCAGGCUUUCUUCUCUGGUCUGAAGGAGCGUGGCUCUCAGAUGAGGAGCGUGCAGGAAGCUUUGGAAACCAUAAAGCUGAAUAAGCGCUGGAUGGACAGGAACCUGCCUACACUCCAAAAAUGGCUGUAACACGGAUGCUCCAACAAGUCUCCACCCCAGUAACAAGCAACUGGGCUGUUUCUUUGAGACAACAACAGUAUUUGCACUAUCUUAGGACUGUGUCCUUUACCUCCCCUCAUCCAGACCAGAGCGCUAAUCAGUGGUUGCGCUCUAGCUGGUUGGACAGGUUGUUUUAAUUUUUGAGAUUGGUCCUGUAAGUUGUACAUGAUAGCUCAGGGUGGAUCUGAUUGUGUGUGUGUGUGAUUGUGACAGGGGGUCGUCAGAUGCAAUACACACUCCUCAUGUUUUAUGCUGUUGACCAAACCUCUUCCGCAGUUCUCAUCUAAACCUCACGCCUGAGCAGACAAUCAUGCUUUCACCCACACUCCUUUGGCCCAACCACCUCUCAGGCACCUUUCAUCGUGAGCUGUAAAACGGCCACUUUAAAAUAAACUCAAUAGUAUGAUUAAUGUCAAUAUUACUGUGUAUGUGAAGAUGCAGCUGUCAGGGAUUUCUCAGCAAUGAUGAAUUUAAAUUAAUGUUACUUGAUAGAUAGGAUUAUCCUUAGAGUUAAAGUAACCACGUGUCUUUUUGUUGGAAGAAUAUCUACCUGUCAGCCUGUACUAAUUAUUCAUGCAAUCCCAAGUGUUUGCUAUACUAGUCAUGGUUGGGCUACAAGAUUUGUUCGUUGAUGAGUAGAUGCCAGUGUGUUGGUAUUGAAUGAAUGUACUGAAAAAAUAUCCCACUGUGUACUGUAGAUGAUGUACAAAAAAUAGUGCAGGUUUAAAAUGAUAGCCAUUGUGUCUUAGGUGAGAGCAGGCAGUGCACACUGGAGCUAAACAUUCAUUUCUUCCUUCCUUUCUAUCUCUCCCCCAAACUUUAAUCCCAGCCAAGCUUUAAUCAACAAUUUUUUUUUUCUUUUUAAAUUUGGAUCACUUGCCUGCAAUGAAGUCACUUUACAGACUCACUCUUUGUUUUUUCCGCUUGUAAAGUUGUAAUUAUAGUGUAAAUAUGCUCAACUUUUCCCUCGCCUAGCUUUCGUG